GCAAACAACCCAGCCAUGACGUCAAGACCGGCUCUGCGGCCGCCAGCAGUGACAGUAGGGACAGUGAACAGAGUGAUAUCAUACGGCAACUGGGCGAGGGAGAGGCUCUAGGGCAAUACCUGGCCCCUGAUCUGUCUGAUGAUGAAGAAGGCGGUAGUGAGGACAGCAUAGACACAAUGACGGACACAGAGUCUCAGAUGUCUUAUGCCCGGCAAGUGGGAGCCAUCAGGAAGGCAGGAUGGCUGGUGGUGAAGAACUGGCUGCUCCACAAGAAGAAGAAGGUGGAGCUGGCGCCUCGUCGUGCCUGGAAGCGCUACUGGGUCUGUCUCAAGGGCACCACUCUGCUCUUCUUCGACUGCGACGAGGAGAGCUCCAUUACCGAGAACAGUAUUCCAAGGCACAUCCUAGUAAUCGAAGGUGGUAUUGCACAAGCAGUUCCAGAACAUCCAAAAAGAGACAACAUAUUCUCGUUGAGCACAGCCUGUGGAGAUGCUUAUCUUUUCCAGGCAUCAUCUCAGAUUGAUCUGGAGAAUUGGAUCCGUGCCGUACACUCGGCCUGUGCCUCCAGCUAUGCACGGCAACAUGGCAAGGACAACACACUCAAACUGCUGUGCUCAGAACUGACACGGCUUGAGUCCAGCAUAGAUAUGGAUGUGAAAAUGCGCAAGAUGGCAGAACUCCAGAUGACAGUGGUGACAGAUCCGCGGAGCCGCACGGCGAUCAUGAAGCAGAUCGGCCAGUGGGAGGAGAACCUUGAGAAGCUGUACAUCGACCAGUACCGCUUUCGCUGUUACUCCGCCUCCCUGCAGGGCUCCGAGCUGCCAAACCCCAAGGUUCUCCUGGCCAAUGCAUCGAAAGCUUCAAAGACGACUUUGGGUCGUCUCGGCAUCUUCACCGUGACAUCCUUCCAUGCUCUAGUCAGCGCUCGCAAACCUUUGGUCUUACCAAAUAUCUAUGGCAAGACAAGUCAGAAGGGAGGGAUGUUGUCCCCAAGGUCAGAGAGUGUGCAGAAGCCAAGGUCAAGGACACCAACAGCACUCGUCAGCUCCAGCGUUAGCUCAGAAGCGUUGUACAAAACGGGUCAUGCUCCACACUCCGACUCCAUGGACAAUCUCCUGGAGAAGGCAGGACCUGACGCGAGCCCAGGCCAGGAGAGUCUCUCCAAGGUCACGCUGCCAAAUAACCAGUGUUACAACUUUCAGACAAUGCUCAUCGGCGUGGACCGGGGCACCAGCGUACAGGACUUGCUCCAGAUGACCUGCAACAAGCGACAACUUAACCCUCGAGAUCAUUACGUCCGCAUCAAACCUCUCGGAUCCACAGACAAUACGUUUGUCAUACCUGACAAACAUGAAAACAUUAAAAAGCUGCGAUACGAGGCCAUCGAGGUGUGUCAGAAGUGUGUGUUCCAACUAGAGCUGACCAAACCCACAAAGGAUGGGGUUUUUGGGUUUGCCGUUGAAGCAGAACUAGCGGAGGAUCUGGACCGAGAUGAUGAGCUCCGAGUCUAUGUCUGUGAUGUCACGCGGGACGCUGUUGCUGAUAAGAGAGGUUUGAUUGUUGGAGAUGAGGUUCUGGUCAUCAACAGCAAAAUUGUGUCAGAGCUCGACAUGGUAUACAUUGAGACCCUCUUGCACGAGUCUCGAACCCUGUUCCUUACAGUACGCAGUAUGCGCACACAGCCCCCUCGCUCAGAUUUCAUCUCCCAGCACACAGACGCUUACAUCAACAACAUGGUAGUGCCCCCUCCUCCCAGCCAGUCCCGACUCUCCGACAAGUCUUUGGGGAACUUGAUUGUUCCAGCUCCCUCACCCGACGAUGCUGAUGGCUCACACUCACAGUCAGCACGAGACAAACGGUCCCAAACUACUUCUCCAGCACAGAUUGAUGCUCUGCUAGAGGGUGCUGAGCAAGUUACAGCAAUUUGUCGGAAAGAUGAACCUCGCUCGUUGUCAGAUGAUCCCAACAUCCCAACUAAGCCGUUGUCAGAUGCUCAGCGAAUGAGGAAAGCCAUUAUGGAACUGGUGGAAACUGAAAGAGCUUAUGUCAAAGACCUGAAGUGCCUGACAGAGCGCUAUCUGGAGCCCCUCAAGGAAGAGACGUUCCUCACCUCGGGUGAGAUCCAGCAGCUUUUUGGCAACAUCCAGGAGAUUGUGGCCUUCCAGCAGCGCUUCCUGCAUAGCCUGGAGGAGGCUGUGGAGUCGGUGCCCGAGUUCUUCACUACAAACAAUGUAUCGGACUUCAAGAGAGUACUGUUCUCCCUCGGAGGUUCCUUCUUGUACUACGCAAAUCACUUUAAGGUCUACAGUUCAUUCUGUGCAAGUCACUCGCGCUCACAGAAAAUACUCAAUCCAGUCCUCUGUGUCUCAGAUGCCAACGAUGCUCUGCGGGAGUUUCUUCGAGCCAGGAACCCGAAGCAACAACAUUCUGCCACUCUGGAGUCCUACCUGAUCAAGCCCAUCCAAAGAAUCCUCAAGUACCCCCUCCUCCUCCAACAGCUGUGCAAUAUGACGCACUUGGACACGGACGAACACCAUCACCUCUCAGAGGCACUGAAAGGGAUGGAAGCUGUGGCAGAACAUAUCAAUGAGAUGCAGAAAAUCUAUGAUGAAUAUGGAUCUGUCUUUGAUGAACUUACCAAAUCAUAUAAGGAGAACAACCCACACAAACCUCCCAUAGAGCUGAAUGUGGGGGACCUUCAGAUGUAUGGGACCGUGGAGUGGGUCAACGUCACCGAUCAUCUCGGAAAGGUCAAGAAAUCUGCUGAGUUUGAGAACGUCGUUUUUGUGUUCAAGACCGGGGUCACCUUCCUCUGCCGAGAGAGAUUAAAAAGGAAAAAGACAAAGUCCAUAUCAGCCAGAUCUUCCUUGAUUGAAGUGGCUGAGUCUGUAGAGAGGUUCCGAACCCUGAUCCCUACGCAGGAGGUUCAGAUCCGCACUGGGAAGGUCGGGGAUAUGGAUCGGCACUACUGGUGGGACCUGGUUCAUUCACGAUCGGAGCUAGAAGGCCGUCCUGAGAAAGUGUACCAGUUCUGCAACAGCACCAGUGAAGCAAAAUGUGACUUCAUGAAGGUGAUACGGCAGACCAUCAGAGAAAGUGUAAGGAAGAUGAUCAUUCCCACCACCACCACCUCUUCUUCUUCCUCUUCCCCUCAUCAGCAACAUUCUCAUCUUCCCAAUCAUCGACCAAACUCUUCUUCUCCUACCUCUACCAGUCCCUCGCGAGCGCCAUCUGAGGCAGGUAGUGUGGGCGGAGCCUCUGGCUCCUCCCAGCCACACCCCCUGUCAAGUCCUCAGCUUGCUUUGUUCAAACGACGAAUGAAGAGCACUGACAAUGAACGACACUCGAUGGAUUUGGAUAAGAAAAUUGGAGAAAUGGAUAUAGAUGCUGGUUUCCGCACUCGUAGUAAGACAAUUGGGGACCUUAAUGAGGCCAGCAUGGACGAGUCUGGUGGAUUUGUGCCAGGAACGCUGGAUCCGAAUCCAGUGGAAAAGAACAAGGAGAAUAGUUCAUGUUCUUCAAAUUCUAAUAUUAGCUGUUCUAGCCAAACCGGUAGUCAAACAGGCUCUGCAAAACUGCAGUAUGCCAGUGCCGACCCACUCAACUACUCAUCUAGUUCUGUCAAUUCGGGGGAUAGAGGCGGGGCCUCAUCACCCGUUUGGAAGAGGGCGGAGUCAAAACUGAAGCCAAAUUCUGUCCAGGAAGACAGUCACUCCACUCAGAGUGCGGGUGGCAGCAGCAACAAUUCGGCUGAGAGCAUCCCGCCUCCCCGUCGAGACACCAAAACGGUUGUGUUCGCCCCUGUGCCAGAUGGUGUGCCGCACCUCAAAGACACUGAGUGCUGAGGGUUUACAAAGGAUAUACCAAACUCUAUAUAUACAGCAGAAUGUUGGAGUCCUAUAUCGCCAUGACGAUAUGGGCGCUUCACUGUUCGUUUUGGUGCUUUGGCUCAAAAGAUUAGGAUAAGUGUGUUCGCAUCACUUGGAACUAGUAUUAUGAUAAUAAAUGUGUUUCUGAGCUGAUGGGUUCAAGUCCAUGAGCAGCUGGAUUGAUCAUUACAUCAACGUUGUUGCAGAAAAAAAUAAAAUGUUCUUCGGAGGCUGAGAUGAGACUUUGCUUUCUUUUCAGAAGAUUGGAAAGAUGGAGGCUGAACCUUUUUACUUUUAGCUGCCAACAGUUUCAGUAAAUCUCACUGGGAAAGGCAUAUGUGUUCUCUAAUUCAAACACAGCUUGUCAGAAGUAAUGGAAGAGAGGAAGCAACUGAAGAGUGCUUUUAAUAGACUGAUGUUGACUGGAUUCAGAGAUGUUUGCAUGAGAUGGUUCCAUUUAGCUGCUUGUGUCUUUGGCUUCCAAUAUCACUCCAGUGAAUUUAUUAGCACAAGUAGACUGGUUGCCACCAGAAUUACUUAUGAAAGAGAUAUAGUGUUAUGCACAUGUAUACAUUACCUUUGGUACUUUUUCAACAAAAGCUUUUUUUGGGGGGUCAGCACAUUUAGUAUCUGAUCUGUUCAGAAAAUGUAAAAAAUAAUCUAAAAGGUUCAACAGGGGAAUAGGACCAAAGCACAUAUUGAAGGACUGCAGAUCUCUUUUUUUUUCAUUUUAAAGAAGUCACAAUAAUAUAUACAAAAUUUAGAGGCACCAUUUUGACUAGAGUAAUCUAGAACAUGGGAAAUAUGUCGUUGCUGUUGCAAGUAAUUCGCAUAAGUCCAAAUUUUGAGAAUUUUCUAAUUUUACACCUUCCCAAAUCUCUUUCAAAAAUGCACCUUUCAGCAUCAUCAAAAUGCAGUUUAAUGCUGUAGUCAAGGCUAACAAUAUUUGAGCUUUUCAUUAUUCCGAUAGAAACAACGCAAUAAAAACUAAUUUUUUUGUCUAUGGUGUAAAAAGUACCCAAAUGUACUUGAGUGGAUUGCUUGCGACACUGAUGAUGUGAUUUUAGAUUUUAGAAGUUCUUUAAACUUAUUAAGUCUUUGUGCUGCAAAGCUUCUAAGCUGAUGUAAUUGAUUAUUUCACUUAGUUGCCUUGGGUUUAUUUGACACUGAUCUAACAAAAUACUUAUUGUUGCCAUUCAAAAUAUGAAAUUUGCUGAAAGUGAGAUUUUUUUUGGUUUCACGUAAAAAGAUAUCUUGUAGGAUUGUAAAAUUUGAGAUAGGUUCUCAACACUGAACUGUAAAGGAUGAUUGUAAAUAGACUUGAACGCAAUCCUGGGGCAACGCAACUAAUUUAUACGGCUUAUACAAACUUUCUUUAAAAAGGUUCCUAGUAAGUACUUCACUCAAUUUGAAUAAAAAUGAUAUGAAUAAUGCAUUAAUCAUAAUAAGCUUCUCAAGAAGAUUAGAAAAAAGAGAUUCUGUCAUACGCUACAGGCUUCAGUGCAUGGAACAAUCCAUUGGCCAUUUACCCACUGUGGGUAGUGAUGUUAGUUAUACUCUUUUGCGAGCUUUUUGCACCUUGGAGUGAUGGACAUGUUUGAAGAGUAAGUUAAGCUUUUUUUUUGGAUUAGAGGCAUUUGCAACUGUGGUCCACAAAUGUGCAUAUUUUUUUGUUCAUUGUUCAGUUAUUCAUACAUAUUCAUGAAUGGAAUACAAAGCUGAGUGGUUACAAAUGGAACUCUGUGCCUCUGACGCGUUUUUGUGUGUGUGGUACCGUAUUGUAACCGGUUACGAGGAGGAGCAUAGCAGAUACAGUGAGAUUUAUAAGUGGUGAAUGGAAUUAGCUAUCUUCUCAUGGCUAUCACAAUGCAUUUGAACAAGUGAAUGUAUUCAUCUUCUUUCAUACUUAGACAUUUGAGGGAUGUCGAACAACCUGAUGUGUUUUUCACUUUUAUUAAAGUUUUCAUAAAAGUGACCACUUAUUUCUUGAACUUGUUUAAUUUGUUUUUUUUCUUUCCUUAAUUCUAAGUUGUAUGUCAUCCAUUAAUGAAGUAAAUUGAUGUCAAAGAUGCUUCAAGUGUUUCUUGAUCUAUGAGGAUUUUACUUGUUUCAAAAAUAAAAACUAUGAGAAAAAGAAAUCAAUAAAAAUUAAAUUUGCUUCCAGUUGAGCAGGAAAUUGAACACUGAAACCAAAAUCAUUUAAAACUAUCACUUUAUCUCUUCACAAAAAUUAAUUUUCAUUCUUGAUAGACCCUGGAUGAUUAACAAAUCAUUUCUGUCUAAGAUAUGAAGAAAGGAAAGGAGUGUUUUUGCCCCUGGAACUCAAUAACACACUUCUGAAUUGUCUGAACAUAACAGAUUAAUUACAUGUAGAAUGAAAACACUUUUUUUUUCUUGUUUUUUCUCAUUCAUGAUAUUUUCAGAACAAGUUCAUUUAUGUAACCACUGGGACCUACGAUACUUUAUUGAUGAGAUUAAGCUGCUACUGCAGUUUACACAUGUUUAAGUGCUUAAGUAAAAUUCAUUGUUUUUUAUGAUGAAUUUGUGGAAAGGGUUCGUUGUGCUGAGAUGAUAACAAACUUUUCUUUGUUUUUCAGCUCCGCCAUAAAUAGUUUUGGUGAGAAUAAUGAUUUUUUUCUUUUGUUCCAAUUUUGAUCUACUAUGCGACAGCUUUAAUUCAGCUUUAAACAACAACAGCAACAACAACAAAAAAUCGUCUAAAUGCAAUGCGCAAGGGUUUGCCUUUGCUUAUAGGAAUUGGAUUUAUUUUUAUUUUUCUGUGCCUUGGUCAUUCUGCUUUUAUGAUUUUCUUUACCCACUUUAGUCUGGAUGUGAUCCUCCCCCUUCUUUUUUUUACUUGGCUAUUGCAUUUUUAUUGCCUUUUAAAGAUAUUUCAUUUAUGCUUUCAAAUAUUAUUUUGAAAUCUUUGUAGCCAUGGUUUGAGGGUUGUCUUCAAAUUGCGGCUUUUUCUUUAAUAGAUGGUGCCGGCAUAGCAGAAUGCUGUAAGAUUAUAGUUGAUUGCGCUCUUGAUAACAAUAUAAUGUGUGAAAAAAUGAUAUGUAAUGUCACCUCUGGCAUGGUCAGUUUGAACUUGCUAAAGGUUUCAAAUGUCCUAGUAAAAGCACUGGUAGCCCUGACCAGCCUAUGGAAAGAUUGGAAAUUUAAGAGAAAGUCUUUCUUCUUUUCCCUCAACAAGGGCACUGCAUAUGUGACCUAUGUUUUUACCUCUAAAUGUCUAAAAUGUCGCAGAAAAAAGUGACAUGUGAAACUGUUGGAUACAAUAGGUCACAUAUAUUUUCUUUUAAUGUGUAAAGUGCACAUUUUCUUUCUUCUUUUCUUAAAUUAUCAUGUUUCUUGUUGUGAAACAUUGUGAUUUUGCUCUAAAUUUGAAAGGUAAGCAGUUUAUUUGUAAAUGUUAACACUCUACUCAUAUGUACGAAAGGGGGGGGGGGGAGGAUUCUUAAUUCUAUUUGUAUUGUUUUUUUUCUUUGGUUUAUUGGGUUUAUUCUCUUUUCCUUUGUUUAAUUAUAAAAUAGCGGAGUGGGAAUGAAAGGUGCUUUUGUUUUGGGAGGCUUGAUACUUGAAUGGCAUUUGAUAUUCGUUGGAUUGCAUCGCAUUAUAAAACAAAUCAUCUCAUACACGUUAGAAAGAAGUAGGCCUGAGAAAUGUUACCAAUUAUUUUGCAUGCUCAAAGGGUCAAUAAACAUUUAUAAAGUGGAUCAAGUACAAAAUUGAAAUUAUAAUUGAUUUAGUUGUUCAACAGUUUAAAUGCAGCUAGAACUGAGAGACCAAAUCUUAUACUCCUUUUGACAUUGUCUCCUUAUUAUUUUUUGGUGAUGUUUUAUUUCUAUUUUGUAACCUCCAAUGUUUUUUAAGUACAUACUGCCAGUUUACCGAGUGUGUGUGUGUGUAUGGGCAGCCAUCCAUGCAUGAAUUCAUGCUCCACAGUGCAUGUGCCUGUGUAUGUAUGAGCAUUUAUUUGAGUUGGGUACGUCUUUUUUCUUGCAAUCCUCAUGCCACAUUCAUUUGUGUAGUGUGAGGCAAUGGGCAACGUGCAAUAUGUGGUCUGUAGUUGUCUGUCAGUCAGUCGUCUUUCGUUACAUACUUUGCAAAGUUGAAGCACAAUUUGAGUGUAUUGUGUACUAUGAAGUCAUAAUUGUUUCAGUUUGUUCCAUAUGCCUGGAAAGAAUUGUACAAACUCGGUGUUUUAUCGUGAAUCACACUGUAACCCUCAACUUAGAAGAUUUUUAUUCAGUUUUCAGUGGGAUGUCGGUCCCUUUUGUUCAUUAUGUACUCUUUACCAGUAUUACUUUGCUCGUGUCACAAGAUGUUGCAUUUCGCUAUAUUGUUCCUGAUUUAUAGUCAUGGAAGUUGUCUAUGUACAAUAUGCCUGUGUAGCUACAGAAAGACAGAUCCAGGAUGUUAUAUUCAUGUUAAGCUGCAGUUUUAAAUGGAAUGGCAGUUUUAUUAUAUUUUUUUGGUGAAUUUCUAAAGGCAUGUUUUAGGAUGGGUUUUUUUUUUAAUAUUCUGACCCCAUCUUCAUUUUUAGGCUUUUGGAAGUGGAUUAAUGAGUUACACAUACUCUGUAUGGUUCCUUGAGGACGAUUUUAAAUUUGAGUGGAGUUGUUCUUUUUCACAAACAGUUUAAAGACACUUAUAAGUCCUUCACAUUUCAAAACGAGUUGUUGAAUAAAAAGGAUUCGACUCCUUUAAGUUUCUCGGAAAGAGCAACAAAACUUUUGUUAUUAUAUGCAACUUCCUGCUUUUUCACUCCUGCGAGCGCACACAUGCACAUGCAUGCACACAUACAUACAUACAUACACACACACACACACACAAAAUGCACACUCACAUAUACACAAAACGCACACUCACACACUCAAGCACACACACACACUCACACACACUCACACACACACGCUGACAAAUGUAAACUUUUUCUCAUUUAAAAAGAAUAAAAAGAAUUCCGUUAC